AAUAACAACAACAUUUUUCACAGUUAUUCCUAAAGGCUGAGCUUGAUCUGGAUUCCUUAUUAGCCUUAUAAUUUUAAUUUCGAAUUAAAUUGUAGGCUAAACUAUGUUGUUUUAAUACAAAUAUUAAAAUGAAUUUGGAACUAUUGGAAUCAUUCGGACAAAAUUAUCCAGAGGAGUUUGAUGGUGCUCUGGACUCUAUAUCAUUGGCAGCAACGUGUGCGUUCAACCGACGGGGGACUCUGCUGGCAGUGGGCUGCAAUGAUGGCAGGAUCUUUAUCUGGGACUUCCUGACUCGAGGAAUUGCUAAAUCAAUAUCUGCACAUGUUUAUCCUGUUUGCAGUCUAAGCUGGUCAAGGAAUUGUAAAAAACUAUUGUCAGCUUCAACUGACCACAAUGUGUGUAUAUGGGAUGUUCUAUCAGGUGAAUGUGAACAGCGCUACAGGUUUCCAACCCCCAUAGUGAGGGUACAGUUUGAUCCGAGAAAUGACAGGAGAUUUCUUGUGUGUCCUAUGAGACAUGCAGCUUUGUUAGUUGAUACGGAAGGUGAACAUAAAAUAUUACCUAUUGAUGAUGAUGGUGAUAUAAAUGUGAUAGCAUCAUUUGACAGAAGAGGUGACUAUGUGUACACAGGCAAUGCUAAAGGCAAAAUAUUAAUUCUAGACUCUCAGUUAUUAUCUGUGAAGGCAAGUUUUAAAAUAACAGUUGGAACGUCUAGUACGACAGGCAUUAAAAGUAUUGAAUUUGCACGGAGAGGAGAUUGUUUCCUUGUGAAUACAUCGGAUAGGGUGAUAAGAGUAUAUGAUACAAAUACGGUGAUCAAAUGUGGUGUGAACGGGGAACCAGAGCCUAUACAGAAACUACAGGAUCUUGUUAAUAAAACGACUUGGAAGAAGUGCUGUUUCUCCGGAGACGGGGAGUACAUCUGUGCGGGGUCUGCCCGCCAGCACGCGCUCUACAUCUGGGAGAAGUCCAUCGGAAACCUUGUGAAGAUCCUUCACGGCACCAAGGGUGAGCUGCUGCUGGACGUCGUCUGGCAUCCCGUCAGGCCCAUCAUAGCCAGUAUUAGUGCCGGCGUGGUAUCGAUCUGGGCGCAGAACCAGGUGGAGAACUGGUCGGCCUUCGCCCCCGACUUCAAGGAACUGGACGAGAACGUGGAGUACGAGGAGCGGGAGAGCGAGUUCGAUGUGGAGGAUGAGGACAGAUCUGUUGACCAGGCGGGGGAGAGCCGCGAUGAUGAGGAAGUUGAGGUUGAUGUAACGACAUGCGAGCCUGUGGCGGCCUUCUGCAGCUCGGAUGAGGAAGGCGAGGAUGAGAACCUGCUCUCCUUUCUGCCCAUCGCACCUGAGAUUGAAGAUCCGGAGGAUGGGUGGGCGGCGACUCAGGAGACGGUGACGCCCACUGAGACACCGGAGAAACUGGAGCCCGCCGCCAAAAGACCCAAGAGCAAGACAUACGACAUCUCACUCAAGAUACCGCCUCCUGAGCAAACGAUAUCAUUUGGCGGUAAGAAUAAACAGACAGCUGGCAACAAGAAGGUACCGGGCAGGCCUCGGAAGUAACUAUA